AUGUCUAAUUUUGAAAAAGAAGAUUCUUUUAAUAAUUUAUUGAAAGCAGAAGUAACAAAGCUUGCUCAAGGAAUAAUUGAUUAAGAAUUAAAAUAAUAUUAAUAUAAUAAUAUAGAUGAUGCUUAAAGAAAAAGUAAUAUAAUAUGUGAAAUAAUCUUGAACAAAUUAAAAGACUUAAAUAAUAAACACUUUAAAUUCAUAGUUAAUUGUCUGAUAAUAUAAAAAGCUGAUUGUGGUAUCAACUUAUCAGUUUCAUGUUAUUGGGAUAAUACAACUGAUGGAUCUGUAGCAGUAAGACAAGAAAGUGAAAAUGCUGUUGGUAUAGUAAACAUAUUUGCUUGUGGAGUAUGA